CUUCGAUGGUGGUAAGACUUGCCUGUCUCUCUUCAGUGCAUCCCCAUUUUCUGAGAAUCUCUAGGGUCGAGGCCGACCCACAAGACGCUAGAAAGGUAGCAAAUUUGGCCAUCGCACUUGUCAUGGGUGGGGGCCCAUUUACUGUACAUAUCCAUUAGGUGGUAGAUGUGGCCGUCGGAGUAAGCGUCGGCUGCGUCCAGUUUGUUGGCAGAUCCGAAAAGAUUGCCCUGCUCGUGGGGGGUUAAGCUGACCCCCAACACCCAGGAAAAACACCUGCAUUCGCCCUCAGUCGGCUCGAGUCGUGACCUCGGACGGAUGUCUCCAACCAGCCUUCCCACUUAGGCCUAACGGCGUUACUGGCGCGCCCAAAUCUGAGACAAAGCCGGACGCCGCAUCUCUACGAAGGUCCACUGAUCAUGGCAUCCAGAUUCCCUGAGUCACGUGUCCAAGUCUCUUCGCUCGCAAGUGUUGCAUUACCGCAAGAUUUCAAAACCAGCUUUUAUGUGAAUUUCAUUUUGAGCCAGCUAUCAUCCACUUGAGAGAUAUUAUUAGUCCAUGUGGGGACCAGUUGCAUUUACUUAACCCUGGCUGUUAAGCAGCCUCUUGUAAAUAAAUAGAUUUAAAGUAAUUAGCUGAGUUUCUGGCGACCUUUUCCUCUAGAGUAAAUGUUCACUUUAAAUCCUUUUUACGGUAAGUUCAAGUAAUUUACUCUUUUUCCCUCAACUAUUCCUGUUUACGUAUUGGAACCUCAUUCAAGGCCAGGCCCAUACGUAACAAUGGCGCACCUUGACGAAAUUCGAACCUAGUGUCGUGAAUUUCGAACUGAUCAUUCGAAAUCCCCGCCAUUUAACUUCACAAGUGUUGCGUUAAAUCGGGGCAAGACUGAGGGAUCUCGCGGGCGAUUCAUUGAACAGAAAGCUGUCCAAUACACGACAGUUAAGACGCAAUUCCUAAAUGCAUGGCGGGGAAGGAGCGCGUCUUAUAGUAAGGAAGACGUUAUGAAUUUUCAUUAAUAAAUAUAAUUUGCUAAUCACUAGUACGAGAUAAAUCAUCUAUGUAGAGAUUUGGAGCCAAGGACUCCGUAGCCAUUCAAGAAUUUGCAGAUUACGGCCUUCAGCCAGAACUUUGAGUCAAUUCCUUGAUCCUAAAUGAUAACAUAACUGUCAUAUUUCACAUUCAGGAGUAAAAUACAUUAAGUGAUUUCCGUAAUGUCUAAUAAACGAUGAUUCCCACCUGAAUUACAAGGAUUCUGUAGUUCACGCGGGAAAGCGUAAGUUUCUUUUGAAGAAGGGCGAAGCAACGGUUCAUUCCUGCCCAGACCCUGAACCGUGUGUGUGUCUCAAUUCUCCGACUCCCAGCUAUCGCCAUGCUAGGUCGAAUUCCGUUGUAACUGUAAGUUAACUUUAUCCACGUAUAGAUGUGUCAUCCCUGCGAUGAGGGACUCGAUUUAUGCAGCGAACGAAAGCUGCCAGCGUAAGGAUGUUAUUUGUUUGUGACAUUGAGUCAAUGGGUCUCGUAUUGUGCAGAUUUUUCGUCCAGUCGUGGACUUAGUGCUUUACAAGCACGUGAUAUCAAAGACCCUAUGGGCUACCACCUAAAAAAGCCAUGAGAGUUUUCAGGUUCCUUGAAUCAAAUUAGUGAGAGUAGUAAGAAACUGCGUGUACUGUGGAAUUCUGCUAGGAACUUUAGUUUCAGUGUAUUGUUAAUGUAUUUAAAUGUUUAUUUUUCGUAAUAAAACUGUUUUGUUGACCAAAUUUUAUUGAAUCUCACCCUGAUAGUUUUAGAGUGCGCGCCUCCUUAAGGCCUUGUCAUCGGCCCAGAACAUCCGGGCACGAAUAAUAAAAAAAAAAUUAUAAAAGUCGAAGAAAUUCCCGACAUUUGGUCCUUCGAACCGGAUGACAAGUGCGCUCUAGAGCUUGAAGGGAAAUUUCAAUAAAGUAUGGUCUAUAGGGUAGCCCUGAUAGGACACAGUCAGCUCCCACCGAAUCUGCCACAGUGUUCAGAUAACCAGAUUGAGAUCUAUAGAAGGCCAGGAGGUCUGGUCAGUCAGUUUUUAGAUAGUAGUCUAUCAUUCUGGCAGAGACGGUAUGAGUUGGUUGUGUUAUAUAUAGGAGGAAACGACCUAGCAAUCGAUCACCCCAAAACCGUUUGGGAUAAUUUAUGUACUCUUAUUGAACGCUUGAGGAAAAUUUGUGAAAUAAUUGCUAUCUGCGACGCAGAGAUCAGAGAGUAUCUCCCUGAUAAUCGUUUUGCUAUAAAUUCCGUUGAAUAUGUCAAAAAAGUAAAGAACUUUAAUGCGAGAAUCUCCAAAUACUACUACAAAAGAAGUUGGUACGGAGUCCGACACUUGCCUAUGAACUCUCGUGCCUACCGCGAAGGCAAACAAAGGGACGAAGUCCAUUUUGAUUCAGAAAUCCGUAACGCAUUCCUCAAUCGUUUGAUGAGAUUAAUCAGGAGAGAGAGAGAGACAGACAAAAUAACUAGGCUCAGCUUGUUCCAAUGUGCAAUUAGCCCCACGUGCCACUAGUCUUUGCACCCCGUCUUCCUAACGUAAGAAAAAUCCAAAUUCCCAGUUUGCAUAACCCCCCUCUAAGAAGUAGAGUAAAUAAUACAAAAUGGCAGUGGCUAUGAUUGUUCACAUCGAGGCUUCGCUGAGACUCACCGCGGACUUACUCGCCGAAUCACAGCGUGCGUUAGUAGAAACGUAUCCUGAGAGCGUGUACCAAAAUUUGGUCACGCAAUUGAGACAAGAAGAAGGUCAGCUUCAAGAGCUGUACAAACGUCAAGUCGUAAAGUUAGAAUCUAACUUAGAUGCCAGAAUCAGGCAAACCUUAGCAGAAGCUGUGCGAGCUUCUACCCUUUUGUUGAAUCAAAUCGAUAAACUGAAAGUCACUCAGACAGGGAAUGUUUCCCUCCCCAAAUUGAAACCGCUGCCUCUCCCCACUUUUGAAGGGGAAGUACAAGAAUAUGCUUCUUACAGAGAAUUGUUCACGAUCCACGUGGAUCGAAGGGCAGAUUUGGACGACGUGUCCAAAUUUACUUACUUGUUAGGGAAUCUGGGCAGGGAUCUGCUUAGGAUCGUUAAAUCCCUAAGUGUAACCGCCAUGAAUUACCAGGUUGCGUUAGAUCUCUUGGAUAAGCAAUAUGGUAAUGUACACCAAACGCUCGUGAUCUUGCAUCGAAAACUUGCCAACAUAUUCGUACCUUCGUUGAACCCCGUAGAGCUGAAGAAGUUCAGGUUUGAGUUAACAGUGAUCAUUGAGCAAAUAAAGAGGCUCAGUACUAAUGAUAUAGGCCAUGGCAUGGUCAUGAGCCUUAUCAAUCAGAAGUUGUCAGAAGGAAAGCUCUAUCGAAAGGUGGUCAAACACCUCAGAAAAUGCGACUAUAGUUUAGAAGAAUUUUUUGAAGCUAUAGACUUCAUAAUUCGCAUGUUGGAAGAUGACGCGUUACAGCGAGGUGAGAAAUUAGAAUCUGAUAAGAAAAACGAUGUCAGCGUUAGACCCAAAAUGAAACCUAUGCAGAAUAAUUCUUGUCCCUUUUGCAAUGAACAGCACCCGCCUCACGGAUGCCGCCAAGUAAGUGACGUGGCUGCCAGACGCCGCAUUCUACUAAGGAAGGGCCUGUGUUUUAAUUGCCUUCAGUCAGGUCACCGUAGUGAUAGAUGCACUAACCCCAAUUCAUGUAAAAGUUGUGGAAAUAAUCAUAAUAGUUCCAUUUGUGAUAAUAGCAGCUUUAGAAAAGCACAUUCAGUUCCCUCCACUUCGUCCCAAAGUAAUCCCAGUUUAGUAAGUAACAGUCAAGCUACAACCUCCCGCCCUGCAGUAAAUGCCACGACCAGGCAGCACGAUAGAAACCCCCGUCCGCCCAAAGAGAAAGUAGAAUCACAACCGUAUAAGAGCGCUAAAGUAGCCCAAACGUCUAGUGUAGAUCUUCCCUGUACGAUUUUGCCAACGGCCAUGGCCGAGAUCCAUCACAAGCAGGGGAGUAAACGGGUUCGCUUGUUUUUGGACACUGGGAGUCAACGAAGCUUUAUCUCUGCAAAAACUGCAAAGCAGUUAGGCCUGCCAGUGGUAGGCAAAGUAGCGUUGAACAUUGCUCCCUUUGGUUCAGCAGAAAUCAGUGGCCAGUAUGACGUUGUGAGUUGCCGGGUAGAGAUGGGUAAUAAAAUUAUUCAAAUGAAACUAGUUGUUCACGAGAAAGUAGAUGUCCUGAUUCAUAACGCAGGUUAUGUAAGAGUAAGACAACACCUAGUAGGGAAGGGAGUCACGUUAGCAGAUCCUGACAGUAAGAGCGAUAAGUUACGAAACGUGCACAUUCUUGUGGGUGCAGACUAUUUUAAUUAUUUCAUUAUUGGAGUAGAAAAGAUCGAUGGGAUAAGUCUUUUUCUGACCCAUAAUGGCAUGUCGUCAUAUGGGAGAGUGCCACAGUGGCUAUUAGAAGGUCACAAGAUAGAUCAUGUGAAAACACUCAGGGUAUGUAGGGUCGCGAGCGAACCAAUUGCAUUUGAUGUUGAUGAAUGGUGGCGUUUAGAUACCUUAGGCAUCGCCCCAUCCGAGCAGUACACUGUCCGUGAAGCGGAAGCCAUGCGAAAGGUUUCGCAGAGUGUAACGAAGAAGCCUGAAGGAUAUCAGGUUAGCUUGCCAUUCCGUUCAGAAGGUAGGCCAGAAACAAACUUUAGAAAUGCUGUAGCACAGCUGGAUUCACUGCAAACCAAAUUUCAGAAAGACAAGGAAUACUAUAAUCAAUAUCAGGGAGUGAUCAACAAAUACCUGGAGGCAGGAUUUAUAUAUGAAGUAAAAGAUCCAAAAAUAGAAGGAUACUACAUGCCGCAUUUCGGCAUUAAACAAGAUAGCCGCACGACCCCCCUUAGAAUCAUAUUCAAUGCCUCAUCCAAAGCUAAGAAUAAUAAAUCCUUAAAUGAAUGCCUGUUACCUGGGCCUAAUUUAGUAGAGUUGGCCUAUAAUUUGCUUCUAAAGUUUCGAAUGAAUAAAUACGCCAUGCUUGCAGACAAAAGCAAAGCAUUUCAUAGAGUACUAUUAGAUCCCCGUGAUGCCAAAUAUACAAGAUUCCUGUGGCGAGAGGUAGCAGGUCGAGCGCUGACCUUCGCUUUCAGAGUCAUGGUGUUCAGCAUCACGGCUAGUCCCUUUUUGUUACAACAAGUAUUGAGUCAUCAUUUUAGUUUAGAAGGAAGACCUGAAUUAAGCAAGUCAUUUUAUGUUGAUAACUAUGUUAGUACCUUUGAAAGUUUGGAUGAGAUGAAAAAGGAACAAGAAUCUGUACAUGCAAUUUUGGAUAGGGCCAGAAUGCCGUUAGAAGGGUGGGCAACAAACAGUAUAGCCUUCGAUAGCGAGAGAGAGUGGAAAAAACCUGUGAAUGUGAGCAUGCUCGGGCUGAGAUGGGCUCGAGACGUCGACCGUCUGUGUGUGAAAGAGAGAGAGAGGAUUCAUGAAUUGGGGGAGGGAUGGGUACCUACGAAGCGUAGGGUACUAUCUUUGCUAGUGUCAAUUUACGAUUCGCUGGGUCUAGUCAGUCCUUUAUUUGUUAGGGGAAAGCUGUUUCUCCAACAACUUUGGGAACAAGAGAUUGGAUGGGAUGACGUGUUAUGUAAGGAAAAGGCUAAAGAAGCGCGAGAACUGCUAGCAGAGUUGAAAUCAGUCGGUGAUUUAACAUUUCCUAGAGCGGCAGGAGUCAGAAGAUCCGAACUCCAUAUAUUCACCGAUGCCAGUAGUAGGGCAUACGGUGCUGUAGCGUAUGUCAGAGAUAAAGAAAGUAACGUAAGAUUGCUCACCAGCAAAAUGAGAAUCACUCCGAAAGGGAUGCUUAAAAUCACCAUCCCUAAAUUAGAACUUUUAGCUUUGCUGCUAGGUUGUAGGCUAGCGAAAACGAUUAAAGGGCUAAUAGAGCCACAAGAGAUUAGUAUCUGGUCAGAUAGCAAAGUUGCAUUAGCCUGGGUGGCAUCCCCGGAUGCCAAGGACAAUAAAAAUAUCUUUAUAUCUAACCGUGUGGCGGAAGUUGUUUUUCUCCGCCAGAUUUGUGAUUUCAGAUUGAAGUAUGUGCCCAGCAAACAGAAUCCUGCUGAUGUCUUGUCUAGGGGCGCAACAAUCCAGCAAUUGCAGCAGAACCCUCUUUGGCGCCAGGGUCCAAAGUUCUUGGGAAUCCCAGGAGAGCCUGUUCCUUUCAAAGAGGCAGAUCUAACAAAUAUCAGAACCGUGGUAAUGGCAGUGCAGGAACUGAGGGAAGAAACAAGGUCUAUUCCCCCAGGAGGGAUAUGGGAACUACUACUCAGGGAGGUUGAGUUCCGAAUUUUGAUUAGAGUAACCAGAUUAGAGUUAAAGUUUGCAAAAGUGAAAAGGGAUCCUUUUCGAGUUCUUGUCUUAUUAGAACAAAGAUUCUAUUUACCUACUGUGUAUGCAUAUUUGGAGGGAGAGGUCAGACCCCCACGUGAGAUAUUGAAUUUUGGGAGGCAAUUAAAUUUAAUUAUAGUAGAUAAAUUGAUUUGCACUAGGGGACGAGUGUCCCAAAUUGAAGAGAUGAAACAUUUGAGUCUUUUGCCUGCUAAGGGACACUUAGUCAGAGCAUACUUAAAGUAUUUGCAUUGUUUGCACCUCCAUUGUAAUGUUAAUACGCUAAUGGCGAUUUUUGACAGAAAUGCUGGACGCCAGGCCUGA